AUGACUAAUCAUAGUAUGGUCUUGCUGAAUAUUGUUGGUACUGACUGUGUAAGUGGUCAAGUAAAGAGCACGUUGGCCAACAUCCAUAUUACUGGAGUCUGGAUGGACAAUGAGAACGAAAGUGACUAUGAAUGGGCACUUGAAUGUUUUAAGGAAUGCGUAUUCCCGGCAAGCUCGACAAUUGAACUGCCUAAUGUUUUCGUUACCGACAACGACAAACCAUUAAAGAAAGCACUGGACAAAUCCUUUCCUCAAAGUGACAAACUGCUUUGUUAUGUUUAUAUCAUGCGAAGAUUUCAAGUUCAUGGGCUUUCCAAACUAACAAGUCUCUAUUCAACUGAAGAAAACAAAAAAUAUGAGAAAAGAGAAAUUGCCCAGCUUGCUUCUGAUAUCGCAUUAUCAGCCAACACUCGCCAACAUCUGAAUGUAGCCAUCGUCAAGUACAAAGCAUAUUCUAAGCUGUAA